AUGACGACCGAAAGGAGAAGUUCUUCCUCAACCAAUUUCGCAACUACCGAUGAGGAUAUGGUUACAGCUAAAGAGCCUGAGUCUAAGACCAAUUCACUCGGUUAUAUUCUUGAAAUGAAACUCCCAAGAGAGUAUGCGGAGUACGAGAAUAGAGAAAAAGCAGUUGCAUUGUUGAAGUCACGAAGAGGCUUGAUGUGGCUGUUUGUAGUUGAUACUGCCAAGCACUAUUCUAUCCCAGAAGAGGAAGUGAACCUCGAGGUGAUCAGAUGUCGUUUUCUCAUCAGCCAAGGUCCCCAUAUGUUUGAAGAUUGUUGCUGUGAAUGGUGUGCCGGAACACUAGAGACUGAAAAGCAAGGCAGUGUACCGACAGGAAGAAAAUCUGGCUGUAGGCGAAAGUAUCUUAAGGAUACCCAGGUUCCACUGUACUUUUGA